AUGACUCUCUCUCUGCUUGCUCUCUGUCGUGCUUCUUCUCCCCUGCCUGCCAGGAGCCCAUCUUGCAGCGACAGCUCCUCCUGGGCGCCCCUGCUCGCCCAUGUGGCAGCGGCAGCUCCUGUGGACGGCUGGCGAGGGGUGAAGGCGCCUCAUGGCCCCUCGCUAGCCAACACUCAAGGCAUCACCAAGGCGCAAGGCACCACCGAGGCCCCUCUGCACGCCUGCAAGCGAGCGCCCGGGCCUGCAGCGCCCGUGCACGCGCCAUCAACAGAUAAGCUCACCGCCCUUGGGUUCUCAUCUGCUCCCUGUCUGCUUUUGCAACCCCUACCGCCAUGCUGCCUGCCUUGCCAUUUCCUCGCCCCCCCACCUGCUGCUGUGUCAGCCGUCCCUCCAUGGAGCCUCUCCCCCAAGUUUAGGCACUCUGCUUCAAGCCUGUUCAAGGUGCAACAGCAAGGUGAAGAAGCAAGGCGCAGCAUCAAGGGGCAGCAAGGCACAGCAGCAAGGGGCAGCAACGCACCUUCAACGCUCCGCACAAAGAUAAGCCCUCUCCCCUUGGUUUCAUACCCGCUCCUUUUCUCUUUCAGCUCAAGCUCAUGUUCCCUGCGCUGUCAUCCCCCCAUCCGCCCUCCCCCUGGCUCUCAUGCCAACCACCCCUCCACAGAGACUUCCCUCUUGGCUCUCUGCUCAAAGCCUGACGUGCAGAAAGGGGCAGUAACAAGGUGCAGCAGCAAGGGGCAGCAAGGCAGCCUCAACGCUUCACACAAAGAUAAGCUCACGACCUCCUGCACAACAAUGGUUUCUAGUCCACCUCCUCCUGCGCCUCCCUCCACUCGCUGUCAUGCCAAGCACCCCUCCACAGAGCCUUCCCCCUUGGUUAAGAGCACAUGCACGCAAUCCCUUGUGCCCUCCAUAGCCUCCCUUCACUCAAUCUUGGACGCUUUCCUUGUCCCUCUCGUCUACCCCUUCCCUGCCUUCCCCUGCCUGCCAAACUCUCUGCUUCAACCCUCCCCUGUCUCAGCAGCAAAGCGCAGGAGCAAGGGGCAGCAGCAAGGCGCAGCAGCUGCAAAGCCACCCUCUCCUCCCCGUCCCUCAGACGUAGUCCUACUACAGUGCUCCCAAGCUCAGAUCUACCCCUCUCGAGCUCCGAUCUUCUCCUCCCGAGCUCAGAUCUUCUCCUCCCGAGCUCAGAUCUACUCCUCCCGAGCUCACAUCUCCUCCUCCCGAGCUCCGAUCUACUCCUCCCCAGCUCAGAUCUACUCCUCCUCAGCUCAGAUCUACUCCUCCCCAGCUCAGAUCUACUCCUCCCCAGCUCAGAUCUACUCCUCCCCAGCUCAGAUCUACUCCUCCCCAGCUCAGAUCUACUCCUCCCCAGCUCAGAUCUACUCCUCCCGAGCUCAGAUCUACUCCUCCCGAGCUCAGAUCUACUCCUCCCGAGCUCAGAUCUACUUCUCCCCAGCUCAGAUCUACUCCUCCCGAGCUCACAUCUCCUCCUCCCGAGCUCAGAUCUCCUCCUCCCCAGCUCAGAUCUACUCCUCCCCAGCUCAGAUCUACUCCUCCCGAGCUCAGAUCUACUCCUCCCGAGCUCAGAUCUACUCCUCCCCAGCUCAGAUCUACUCCUCCCGAGCUCAGAUCUACUCCUCCCGAGCUCAGAUCUAUUCCUCCCCAGCUCAGAUCUACUCCUCCCGAGCUCAGAUCUACUCCUCCCGAGCUCAGAUCUACUCCUCCCCAGCUCAGAUCUACUCCUCCCGAGCUCAGAUCUACUCCUCCCGAGCUCAGAUCUACUCCUCCCCAGCUCAGAUCUACUCCUCCCGAGCUCAGAUCUACUCCUCCCGAGCUCAGAUCUACUCCUCCCCAGCUCAGAUCUACUCCUCCCGAACUCAGAUCUACUCCUCCCGAGCUCACAUCUCCUCCUCCCGAGCUCAGAUCUACUCCUCCCGCGCCCUGCUCUACUCCUCCUGCCCUCAGAUCUGCGCAUUUCGCGCUCAGAUCUGCACAUUCCGCACUCAGAUCUACUCUCCCGCGCCCAAAUCUGCAUUCCGCGUGCUCAGAUCUGCAACUCGCACGGCCUUGCUAGUCCGACCGCGCGCCCUGGUCGUCCGCGCCCUGCCCGUCCGCGCGCUCUGCUCGUCCGCCCUUCGCGUCCCCGCCCUGCCCGUCCGCACGCCCUGCUCGUCCGCGCCCUGCCCGUCCGCACGCCCUGCUCAUCCGCCCUUCGCGUCCGCGCCCUGCCCGUCCGCGCGCCCUAGUCAUCCGCACCCUGGCCGUCCGCGCGCCCUAGUCAUCCGCACCCUGGCCGUCCGCGCGCCCUGUUCGUCUGCACGCCCUGCUCGUCCGCGCUCCGGUCGUCCACGCUCUCCCCGUCCGCGCACUCGUUGCACGCCCUCCUUCCCCGCUCGCUGUCCCCCUCCCCUCCAGUGGUACCGGUGGGCAUGGAGGAGGGCAUAG